AUGGCAUCAAGUGAAAAUAACAGUGAUGAUGGCGGUCACAAUGUGUUUUCGGGGUUUUCUAGCUCAAAUGGUAGUGCUCCGGAGUACGAACACUUGAUGCAAUUUGAAUAUCUCAAGACCAAGUACCGUGAUGUCGUGUCUCAACUGAAAACCAUUUCGAACGAAAAACAACGUUUAGAACAUGAUUUUCAACUGAUGAAAAAAGAACUUGAAGGAAAGGGAGAUUUCUUCAACAGUACCUAUCACGAGUACAGUAGCUUGAAACAGAAAUACGACACGCUUCGACUUCGGUAUGAUGAAAUAAUCAAGGAUCCAUCGCAUUGCAUAAAGCUAUGCGAGGAUUUAAAGAAAGAGCGAAACAAGUACAAAGAACUGUUAAAAGCUACAGAACAUGAACUCGAAACCGUACUAUCGGAACGUGGCAGUGUGCUCAAAGAGAAUCAGAAGCUUUACGAUAAAAAUGAAGCACUUGAACGGGAGGUGCAGGGCAAGUUGAAAGAAUGUGCGUCUUUAAAGGAAAAAAUUGAGGUGUUAAAAACGCGUCAAGAGUAUCAGCAGCUUACUAACGAAAGCAGCUGGAGCAAGGAAUUAUCUGAGAGCAAGGAUAAGUUUGGUAUUGUUUCGGAAAGUUUAGAAACGGCCAACCAAGAAAUCGAACGAUUGAAAAAAGUGCUUGACAAAGCUAAGGCGGAAAUUUCGAAAGCUGUCCACGAUACAGAAGUUGCUAAGCAGCGGAGGGACUGGGCGAUAUCGGAGAGAGAGAAAAUUGUACAAGAAAGAGACAGCGUCCGCAAUCUUUGCGAUGAAAUCCGCAAAGAGCGCGACACGGCCACAUCGAAGCUACUUGCUGCCAUCCGGGACAAGGAUGAUGCGCACAAGAAGAUAGAGUUGCUAACUGACCAGUUAGAACAGGUGAUACGCGACAGUAUUAAUAAUAACACCGGAACGAGCACGCACAGCUCAUCCAAUUUACCUGGUGGCAAUCAGACGCCGGUCAACGGGGGAGUGGGCGGUGAAAGCGCUGGAACGCCGACCACGCCCAACACUUCGUUAGUCUCAGUAAACCAUAGCAAUAGCCAGCGCAAUUCGCACUAUAGCAGUUUUAGCUCAAUGUAUAACUUAGAGUCUCUUCAACAAUAUGAUGUUGAAAUGGUUGAAAUCGACACGUCCCCAUUGUUGAGUAAUUCUUCGGAUUGGGGGUUAACGAUCAGUGGCGAUCUCGAUCACAGCUUUAGUAGCGAUCACAGUAACGUCAAAAAUAUCUGUGGCCCUUACGUUGCCGCCGUUGAGCAUGAUUCCAUAUUUGCAGGCAAACUGAAACCGAACGAUAUCAUUUGUCAAAUAAAUAACCACGAUUGUAGCACGUUCUCGAGGCGCAUGAUCUACCGCACCAUCCGCAACAGCGUUCCUCAGUGCAUAAUCACUGUGAAACGGCCUACGAAACGGCUACUACCAGUGCAGAUCCCUUUUACGAGUACGAACAGAAAUCACGGAUUGUGUCUGGAGCUGGGGUUGUACAUAGCAAAGUUGGAGCCUAAUUCAAUCGCGGCCAAAGAUGGCCGGUUGGCGGUAGGUGAUCGAAUUCUGUCCAUCAAUAACAAACCCAUGGAGAGCAUUAAGAACAUCAACGAUGUUCAUGCGUAUAUAAACGACAUGCGAAAUAGCAGUCUAAAUCUGAUUGUGAUCAAGGAAAUGGCGGAUAGUCAUCCGAGCUACGCCAGUUUCUACCAGCCUAGGCUGAAACACAUUCGUAACACUACCAGCUGUACACAAACCGACAACUCGUUAUCCACGUUCGGUAGCCAGCACACCACAAAUACGAGUAGUGUCAACACUAGCGCAAAUGCGAUGUCCAUGUUGAACCAUCGGUUAAGUCUGGAGUUCGACAACAACAAUCACUUUCUACCGUCGGCGAUGCCAUCGUCUUCAUAUCAUCCUUCAUCGAGUACACCAAACUCCGUUACGGCCAGCACGCCAUCAUCAACAAAAUCUGCUUCUAAGCUGACGGAGUUCAUCCAGAAGAUAAAGGAUAAGAUGGCCAUUAGUAACCAUAAUAAGGAUAACAGUGGACCAGGUGGUAGCCAAGAGCAUGAUGCAAUUGCAGCCUUAGAUUCCGUGCUGGAUAGUGAUGAACAUUCACGUGAUGGAAAGCGUUCAAAGCGGCGUAAUAAGUCCGAUCCACACCACCAGGCUGAUAUUCCACGCGGGACGUGGCCCCGAGUGAACAUGACGAUACACAUCAACGAAACCCAUCCAGGGACGAUUAUGCAGCGGCCAAAAAAGGAACGUCCUAGAUUGACCAUCCCCAGUGGAGGGGAUUUGGAUAAUAACAACUACUUCUCUGCGGCAAUCAAUGAAGCAAACACAAUUCCUUCUAACUUUCAAGCCAGCUCUAUCGGUGAGACCCAGAUUGCGACGAAGACUAUUCCUGGUAGCGGGAGCUCCAAUGGCCCUAACGCUGCUGGAGGUAUCAUAGGACCUGGUGUAGCCACCAGCGGAGGUCAAGGAUCGAUGGUAAAUACGAGUAAACGCAACUCUAAUCCCGUCAUGCCGAUGGAUGUUAAUCGAUUGCUUACCUUAAAGUAUGGAGAUCCUUCGUCCGGGAUUCAUCGCAAUGCUGGUCCCGGGGGAAGCGCUGGAGGAAUGGGUAAAAACAAUGGUGGGGCACCAUUUUCCCGAGCUUCUACUUAUGAUGAUCGUCAUCACGAUGGAGUAGGUGGACUGAAUCUAAAUAAACAUCGUUUUAGCUUAAAUUUGUCUGCAAUGAGCAAGCAACCACUACAACAUCAGCAGCAGGUAGUGUUGCCGCCACAUCAGCAACAGAAUUCUAUCGAUUUCAUUCCCAUCCCAUCAUCUUCGUCGCAAAAAAGUAAUCAUUCGAUCGAUUCUUCCACCGCGACGCACACACCUUCAAAAAACCCACCAGUUUACUAUCAAGGAACGGCCGGAGGAAGUUUGGGGAUGCCCACGUCGAAAGCUACAGAAUUUUUUAUGACUUCAAAGAUUUCUAAAACGUUGUCCAAGUACUCCAGCGAUACCGAUAGUAUCGAUACCGAGACCCUAUCUCUCGGUGGGAUGGGUGGUUUGCAUGCGGGAGGCGCCGCCGUCAGUGGCAUGCCGACGAAAAUAGGAACUUCUAACAAGAUCGGUAACCAGAGCAUUAUUGGUGAUGGUAACAGCGGAUCGAGUAAAACUAAUACGCUUCCGCUAUCGAACAUACGUAAACAGGCAAUGGUAGCAGGGAGUGGAGGAUCUUCUGCAAACCGCAUUGGGCAAACGAUACAUCCAUCCGCUACUGCAGGCUAUGGCGCAACAAUAUUUCCUGGAUCGUAUCCUCAUCCUUUCAUGCGCAACCAUCAUCAGCCCGGAGGAAGUAGUAGUGGUUGUGGAGGCAGUGGGGCGAAUGAUGCUAUGGUCGGUCCGUCUGGUAUGGCUGGUAGCGGAGGGGGAAGCGUAGGACCUACUAUGAUAUCGCAUCAUUCACAUGGAGCUUCUAUGGACUAUUCUUAUCGAUACAGCCAGAUACAGUCUUCAAAGGAAGACGUUCCGAUAUCUGGCUACAGUAGUGUCUAUGAAGGAGGCACAUUUCCACGAAAUAAGAGUCAUUUGAUUAGUAACAACAACCAUCACCACCAUAAUCAUACUCAUCACCAACAGGGAGGAUUUCGCAUUCCCUCGAAUCACAGUGUAACCAGUCGCGGCAGUGGUAUUAAAAUAAGCAAUGGUUCGAUUGACUGUAGCAGCUCUGAGCGAGCAUCUCCAAUUCCAACGUUCGAGGUGCAGAUACUAAAGCCCGGCCAUGUCCCCACUAGUGGCGGAACAUCGGGUUCCAACAAAAGAAAUUCUCUGCAGGAUUAUGGCGUCCCGUCGAAACCAAACGUGGGAGAGCUCCGGUUGGUGCAGUUCGAUAAGAGCGAAAUGUCACUCGGAAUCAAAAUAUUCUGUCGACGCAACGGUGGCGGAGUUUUUGUAUCAAACGUGGGGGAAAACAGCUUAGCUAGCAAGGUUGGAUUGCACAUUGGCGAUCAACUGCUAGAAGUGUGCGGAAUAAAUCUCCGCAAAGCGACCUACGAACUGGCAGCUCAUGUGUUGCGACAGUGUGGUAACUCGAUCACGAUGCUCGUCCUUUACAAUCCAGUAGUGUAUAGCAAUCUGACAACCAGUGAAGACAAUAUUCCACGAUCCGGUUCUCCAACGCCACAAAAUUCGCCCCGCACGAUGGGACGCACGUUAAUGGCAGCAGUUAACACAACAACAGUCAACUCGAUGGCCGGUCCCAUGACCGUCCCGCAGUCUUCGUCCCUGGCGAAGACGAAAGAAUUCAGCGACAGCCUCGAACAUCAACCACAGCUGCACGACGAAGAAGAGGAAGGAGUACCCGUUGUCGUGGGAUCGGGAGUGUCUGUUACGAGUGGCAUGUACAAAGAGCAACCGAGAGAGAUCUAUAUCGAAACGCGCAAAACUUCUAAUCUGGGCAUCACGCUUGUGGGAGGAAAUGCGAACGGAAUUUUCGUACACGGUGUGCAGAAAGAUUCGAUUGCAGAUCAAUCAGGUUUGCUGGUUGGCGAUCAGAUUCUUGAGUUUAAUGGCACUGACAUGCGAAGAUCUACUGCUGAGCAUGCAGCUCUUGAAAUUGCUAAACCAGCCGACCACGUGAAGGUGCUCGUGUUAUACAACAUUCAAAAGUUUAAUCAGAUCAAGGACAAACCGGGUGAUGCAUUGUACAUAAGAGUCGGAUUUGAUCGUAACUGCGAUCAAGGCGAUUCGGAACUGUCUUUUACAAAAGAUGAAGUGCUGUUUGUCGAUAACACCAUGUUUGGUGGGAUACCUGGUAAAUGGCGCGCGUGGAAGCUGGAUGAAUAUGGCCACAAGAGGCAAUGCGGUAUCAUUCCUAACAAGCUAAAAGUGGAAGAAGAACUACGACUUCUUGGAGACCCUGGUGAUGUUGAUACGACAGCACGCCGAGGAUCAACAUCAGCUCGGCGAUCGUUCUUUAAGCGUAUAAAACCACAACGUAGCUCAUCGCGUGAUUCAAAAGAAUUGGCUAGUUUCAGUAACACCCACCUUAGUCUGUACUUUGAUUCGGCAUCGCUGAGCGAUGACGGCUUAAGUAGCUACCAGCGAGUAGAACGGUUAGAAUAUACCUACCGUCCAGUGAUUAUUUUGGGACCACUUUCUGAGUUUGUCAUCGAUAAGUUAUGCGUGGAUUUCCCAGAAGAUUUCGCCGUUUUACAGGAAAGCCAAAAAAAAUGCACCAAGGACGAAAUGGAGCUAGCGAUCCAGAACAACACGAUUGCCGAUUAUCGAUCUCGUAGUAACGGUAUAUUCGAGUACACAAGCAUGCAAGCCGUUCGGGAUAAUAAGCAAUGUCACUGCAUAUUGAAUGUCAGUAUGGCAGCAGUUGAACGAUUACAGCGGGCACAGAUACAUCCUAUUGUAUUGCUACUUCGUUUCAAAUCAGCGAAGCAAAUCAAAGAAAUCAAAGACUCACGAUAUUCUACUGAUAAAAUAUCGGCCAAAGCAGCUAAGGAAAUGUACGAGCACACUCUUAAAAUGGAAUCAGAGUACCGGCAGUUUAUUUCCGUUGUUAUAUCGGGUGUGAAUAUUACGCACAUGUGCACUCAGAUCAAAGCAGCCGUAGAUAGUGAACAGAAGAACAUCCUUUGGGUUUCGAUACCGUCGCCUUUGUGACCUUCGACGGAGUAUCUUUCACCUUACGAGGAUGAACGGUUAACCUAACCGUAAUGCCGUAUCGUUUCGUCGAGAGAAGACA